UUUCCGGCAACCGUCGUCGUCGACUGCUGUACCUAUACUGCCUGGCGUCUCGCGAAAAGGAAUCUGUCUCGUCGAAGUCAUUCCGUAGCCCUCCAACUCCAUCACCGUAAGGACUUCGUAACCGACCAUGUUUAGGCCCGUGUCAUUCGACGUCUUGGUAUUCGCAAGCAUGCUUGUCCUGUGCACAGGUCAGGUGUUCCCCGAUGGCUGCACGCUGCAGGACCACUGCUACGAGUCGGCGGCCAUGGAGGCUCUCGAGCUUGUUGGGAAGCACGACCAGCUUGUCCCGCUCUGCGAAGCGCUGAAGAAUGACACUGGGUUCCAGAACUGUGCGCUCGCGUACGGAAACGAUAGCUGCGACACCAAUCCGUGGACAGGACCGGCGAAUGCCUUUGUGGAGAGCCUUUGCAGCAAGGACAAUCUGCGUAUCUUCUCCGCGCCUCAGUUGCCCCACGGCCAAUGCUUCCACCUGAACUUUGCCGUAGAGUGCGUGGGCAAGUCUCUGGGCGAGUACGGGAGCAUCAGAGAAUUCCUGCGAUCAGAGCGCAACGAGAGCGUGUGCAGUACUGUUUCGAAGGGGCUGCGAAGUUGCGCGCCGGGCGUCUACGAGGCCUGCAACCAGAAGGAACCCAUACGGACAGCCCUCAAUAACGUGACAGGCGCCCUGCUUCACUCCAUUGGCUGCCAGGACAGCAAGGAUGCUGAGGGCCCUCAUAAUGGCGACCAGCCUCCCGCGCCCCAAGCGCCGGCACCCUCGGGCAGCAGCGACUGCGAGACCCGGAUGACGCACGUGACGGCUUGCCUGCGCGAAAUCGUCAGCCCCAAUACCGUCGCCAACGAGCUCCUCGAGAAGGUGCGCACCCAGCCCAUGGACUACGACGAGGCCUUCUGCAGGACCUACGAGAACGUGAUCGAGUGUAAGAAGAGCAUCCUUACCAGCGACUGUUACACCAAGGCUACCCGCAGUGCCCUGGAGCGGAACAUCAAAGCUUUCGACACGGCGCGUAGCUGGCUGUGCGACAAUGAACGGGAAAAGCUGCGUGAAUUCGCGGGACGAUUCCGCGCCGACGGCUGCAACCCUGACGAUGAUGCUAUAAGCGAGUGCUCCAACAUCUUCGUGCACAACGUUUCCCAAUCCGGAUCUGCUCUGUCUCCUGGCUCGGCAAACAAGCUGUUCCAGAACCAGCUGGACUGCAUCCGCGGCGAGUUCCAGACUUGCAAGGCUGACGGCGCCUCUAUGGCCGUAGUCGACGGCUACCUACGAGAGGCACGAACGGCGUUCGUCACCGUCGCAGUCUCCGGCGCGACCAGAGCAUCCGCGAGUGGCUCCUACCUGCUGCCAUUCCUUCUCUUCUUUGCGCAAGCGACGGUCAAACGCGUCAUGUCGAGAUGUUCGUGAGGAGCACGGAGGGAGAUGUGCAGCGUUGCACGAAAGAAGACAGAGAGCUGGUCUAAGAAAAUCUGUGAUCUCAACUAGUUCCUUGCGCAUAAAAAAUGGCAUUAGGCGUGGAACACGCCUUAUUUCAGAAACUGCGCCUUCUGUUCCAAAAAAACCACAGGGUGGAGGUGCAAUAAACAUUUAUUAUAGAACCAGCACUUUAUGAUGGCCCGGACUAAGCCUCUCAUGAGGGGACGUCGAGGGCUUGCCUCGCUGCCGCCUUGCGGGCGUGCUGGAUCGCCCAGGUUUUGUCGUCGAGGGCGGAGCUCUGCAGAGCCUCACGCAACCUCGACGACAGGGUCGUGGUCUUAAUGUGCGUGUACGGUGCUGGGCAUUCCCACAGCAUAUGUUCUAAAAUUUAUUGAGCUCGUGGCCACAUGUGUGUGCACAGUUUCGCUAAACUCUUCCGGAAAAGAAGGUUAAAUUUAAUCUAUCGGGUUCGUUCCGUGUGGUCUUAUGAUUGGAUUCUCACCGAGUUUUACGCGAAGAAAAUCUCAUUUGCGAAAAUAAGUUGCAGGCAUUAAAAUAUAGGCCACUGUGGCACGCACAACGCUAGUGCUGUUCAAUGCACCCUGCAAAUGGAACACAUAUGCAGCACAAAAAUUAACAAAAGGGCAUGAAAGAAACUCAUGGAGCUCUGCGUAAUGUUGGUGCUGCUGCCAUGAGUUAGUGCAUUUGCUCGUUUCCCAAUGGGUAAAUUUGUCUGGAACAAUGCGCUUUAGGUUAACCUUCGUGAGCAUAACUUAACAGUACUGAAGUGAGUAAGUGUAAUAAAAAAAAGCACAAUAACACAGAUACUAAAAAAUUUUCUCGAAUUUAGAGAAUAGGCAAAAUAAGCAUGGCUUGGCUAGUGCUCGAAUCUAACUAUAGUUGCAACCUAACCUAGUGCUCAAACCUAUAGUUCCAACCUAACUCUGUAGUUACCCCGGUAACUCCAGUCUUCCGGGCAGUGCACACAGAUUUGAAUACGCCAUUCCAUUUAUUCCUCGUUUUUUUUUAGAAAUCUCUGGAUAAAAAGAAAUGAACUCAGUUCUUUAAACAAUGUAACAAAGUAAAAACGGCCAUGGUCUGUCGACUUUUUCGUAGCGAAAAGAAACAUUUUUUUUUUUUUUUUACGUGACAGGACUCCUUAAAAACACGAUAUAGAGCGCUGCAAUUCUGCGAUGGCAUAGCGCGCUCUCUUUUUGAUAUAUUGUUGGCUUUCUUCAAAGCUCCGAAUUAAGGAACCACGUAAAAGAUAAUGGGAUGGAAAUAGCUUCACCAGAUCUUUCUAAACACGUUUUACACCUUUUGAAGUACGACCUAUGCUUUGAAUUUGAUAUUUAUAAUAUUCCACAAAUAAUGUAUAAUUUGCUAACAAUCAUACUUCAAAGAUAGUCCCAUUUACACAAAACGACUACGAACUACUUACUGUGAGUCUCACGUAUCAAUUCGUAGCAAUAUAUUUAAAAUUUUGUUGUAGUUACGUGAGACACGCCGUCAAUUAGGUAUAUGUUCAAUCUAGCCAAAAUAUGUGGUCUGAUGAACUUGUCCUAUUUUCAACUUUUCUUUUCAGGAGCACACCUACGUUCUACGUGCGAAAACCAAAUAUAUGCACAUAGGCGGAAACCUUCCAAGUUUAGACUUCUUGUUGCCCCUGUGAAAAUUUGUAUGUGUGAGCGCAUAAAACGGAAUAUGUUAUAACAAAAACCAUGCAUUUAUUUCGACAUAAACACCCCAGUUGAUAUUUUCUGACACGUAGUACGUACGUGACGAAUAGGAUUAGCGUGAAACAUUGUGUGUGCUGUUUAUGUUAAUGUUUUUAUUUUGAUUACGUGUGCAUGUAAUAUCUUCAAACUUGACUGCAUGCUCUGAAAUUAUUUUCAGAUUUUGCUGGAAGCACGGAAGUCCAGUUCUGUGACUUCUCUGUAAAGGACAUGUUUGGUGCUCAGCAAAUAAAAUAUCCUGCACCAUUUAUUCUUUCAA